AGGAGCUUUGCGUUGUAGUUACCGUUGUUAGUUACUUACUUCGAUCGAUAGCGAGUAGACGUGUUUUUCUCACAGCAACAAAAAUCGCAAAUAUUGCAAUGAAAAGACAAAGAUCUUCAGAGAGAAAAAGCAGAAAUGUGUCUAAGAGGCGCCGUCUAGAGCCCUCAUCAGAUGACAAGCAGUGGUACGAGGUGAUGCUAAGUCUGGCGGCUAAAUCUGCUCGUGAAUUGACCAGUGCCAUCAACAAGUCUGAGGAGCGUAGGGAACUUCCCACCAUACCACAACCCACGCACCAGAUUGAGUGGCUGGCUAGAGUCAAUUUUAAGCACAGGGCAGUGCGCCGUGACGUACCAAAACAGAGACAACACAAAGUCUCCAAGACUCAGGACUUGAACACCUCCUUUUAUGUUUACUAAAGAGGGCAGUGGUUUUGGAAAGUAGAACUGAAGACAGCUAGGGCGCUGGGCGCAUGUUUCUGUAACCGGCUUCUGCUUUUUUUUUUUUUUUGCUUUUUUUUUUUUUAAAUUUUCUUUUCAGUUUGAUUUAUAGUCGGUAUA